AUGAGCAGCGCAGAUGUCAUCGACGCCCUGUUUGUCAGGACCGUCGACAUGGUACAGUCGCUGCCAAAGCAAGGCCCCAUCCAGACAUCCUACGAGGAGAAACUCGCCCUCUACAGCCUGUACAAGCAGGCUACCGAGGGUGACGUCCAGUCAAAGCGCCCGGGCAUGCUCGACAUGCUCGGCAGAGCAAAGUGGGACGCAUGGGCCAAGGUCAGGGGCCUCCCAGCCCGCGACGCAAAGCAGAUGUACGUCGAGUCGAUGCUCAGGAUUCUGAGGAGGUUCAGCGACCGACCGCAGGCCGCCGCUCUCAUCGAGGAGCUCGAGGCAUUCUCCGGACAGGUCGCACAGAGGGUCAUGGACGGCUCGCUGGCCGAGGUCGAUUCCGACGGCUCCACCGCCUCUUCCGACGAUGCAGACGACAACCAGCCCGCCCAACCCCGGCGGUUACACUCCGAGAUGACGGGUGCCUCGGCCCCGGGCAGAUCGCAUCAGGACCGGCCCUGGGAGGGGCGUCCAAGGGUGCCUCAGGCAGGGCCCAGCACCGACAGCCUGCUCGCGCGGCCCGACUCGGUAGCCGGCACCAGCACCGCCGCCACCCGCGGGGGCAACCAAGCUUCGCUCGCGGCCACGCCGCUCGCCUCCGACUCGCAAGAGAGCGGUUCCGACGACUCGGACGACGACGACGACGGCGAUGACUUUGACCCGCGGAUCCGCCAGGCUGCCAUAUCCGGCCAAGGGCCCGACCGAUCCUACUUUCCCCAGCAAGGCCAUCCAGCCUCGCGCUCCAACAACCGGACACGAAGCGGCGCGCCCCGCUCGCACAUCUCGUCGCCGCCUCCGAGCGCCCUGGGUCUGCGCGCCCACCGCCCUUCGUCUGUGACGGGCGCAUCGAACCGCUUCCACUCGACGCUGCAGUCCCCGGCCCCUUCGGCCGCGACGCCCUACCACCCUCAUCCCCAAGCACCCCAUCAUCAUCCCCAUCCGCAUCACCAACAGCGGCCGGCUGAGCCGCAGCAGUACACGCGCAGCGCCUACGCGCCGAGUUCCAUCGGCGGUCGGUCCGGGGGCCGGGCGGGCCCGUCAUCGCAGCCCAUCCCUCGACCGCCAUCGACGGCCGGCUUCCCGCCCUCGAACCGGCCAGAGAUCGACACGGCACUGCAGUCGAUCCAGGCGUCGCUCGCCGCGCUGCACGAGCGCCUGAACCAGGUGGAGAGCGCCGUGCCAAAGGCCGGCGGCGACGAUGCGCGCAGGAGGCGCGGGUCAGCGGGCGGUAGCACGGCGACGGGCCGGCUGUUUGCCGCCCUCGGCAACGUCGUGCACGACAUCCGAGCGCUGCUGGGCCUCGAGUCGACCUCGCAGCGCAGCCCGCGGUCCGAGGCGCUGGCGCCCAGCUUCCUCGCAUCGGGCGGAGGCCACGCGGGGGGCCGGGGCCAGGCGCCCACCACCCUCCUCUCGGCAUCCUUCAAGCUGCUGGUGGCUCUGCUCAACCUGGCGGCGCGGCUGGCGCUCGACAUUGUCAGCUUUGCGCUCGUCUCGAGCGUCUUUCUGUACGCCUUCCGCAAGAUCACUGGUCGCGGCGAUCCCCUGCUGGCGCUCCACGUGCUGCGACGGUUGCGGGGCAUGCUGCUCCGCCGUCCCGCCGCCCGGGCGAUUGCCAUGCGGCAGGGGCCGGCCAGCCAGCGGGGGGAUUAG